AAGUGUAGAUUAUACAGCUUUUUUUUCGUGUACCCCUAUCUGGAGAACCUUUUUUAUGAAGUAUCUCAUCUUUCUCCUAUCGAUACUAUCAGUGGUACAUGCAAUCCUUCCAGGAAUUGGUGAGGAAGAUACUUUGACACAAGAUAGACUUGUAUCAUGUGAAAGAAUCAAAUAUAAUCCCGAGGGACCAUAUGUUGCCCAUGUUAGGGCCACAUUAAUCACAGAACCUGUCAAGGAUGUACCAAUUCCAAUAGUUAUCGUUCGAUAUGCGGACAUUGAUAAUAUUGAAAGUUUCCCAUUGGCAACGUCAGAAGAUCUUGCCAUCGGAGAAGAAGAAGUAGAUUAUCAGAAUAUAUUGUAUCGCGAUAGAUCUGGAUUCAACAUCACUCUAGUGGAUGAGACCAGACCUAUUGAAUACUUGAAUAGCGUGUUCACGGCCAAGGACCAAGAAAUUGUCUUCAAUGUCUCCCAUUCAGGAACUUAUUGUGUCUACAUCUCAAAAGGAAGUUUCUGGAAUGAAAUAAAGGUUGAUCUUGAAUUCCGUGAUUCUCAUGGUUACAUUCCAUAUCAAGACUAUUCAAUGAUUCAACUCCAACUAAUCUAUGUGUUGAUCCACUUGAUUCUAGUUCUCAUGGUAUACACUUUCAUGCCUGAUCCACCUAAAAUGUAUCUUGUCACACAACUUGGUCUCAAGGCAUUGGUAAUGUUGUUAGGGUAUGCCCAUGACUCGUAUGCUAAUCAUAAUCCUGACACGGGUCUUCCUAGCUGGUAUGUAUAUCUCCUUUUUAAAUUUGCGUACAGGUUUGUGAUUGAAACUAAUAUUUUCUUUGCCUUGGGGUUAUGGACUGUUCAUGGUUGGAAUUUCAAUGCUAUCCCCCAUACUCUGAGAUAUAUGGCCCUGAUAUACGUAAUUUUCAAUUGCAGUGGAUAUGUUUUCUUGAAUACCUUUAAAAAUACCAAUUCUCUAUGGGGUUCAACAUUGUCAGGAUUGAUGUCAAUUUCCUUUCUUUUAUCCAUUAUUAUCAGACCUAUGAUUAUCCUUAGCUUGUAUUCCAAGACUAAACUCUCGUUGGCCAAUACUCCACAGUGGUGGAUCACAAGAGGCAUCGGAUUAACGUUACUAGGAGAUUUUUUGUUAUUCUUAGGAGAAGAAGCUUGGGGAUUAGUUAAAGCUUCUUUGCUGUACAGUCAAUUCAAUUCUCAAGACAUGCUUGGACAUCUUCAGGCAGUGGCAGAUGCUGAUAUUGAGAAUUUGGAACCGUUGAGCAUUUCUAAUGAAAUAGGAAAGUCGUUAUUGGAAUUGGUAGGCCGACUCAUCGUUAUAUAUUUUAUUUGGAGAAACAUAAGCCUCAAAAAGGAGAAGAUAUAGAACCUCCAUGUACAUAGUAAUGAAUACAUGAAUG